UGGACAAAGGAUAAGCUUGGAGUUCUCAAGGCAAAGAGCAUUAUAAGAGGUUGCAAGGUCCGUCGCAAAAGAAGGAUUUCACGGUGGAGACUUGAUCGGAGAGGACAAAGACAAUGGCGGUGGAGACUUCUAUAUUUUUUCAGGCUGGCCACAUCUUUGCUAACACAUGGCUUCCAUUACCUUUUCUAAUCUUUAUUUUCAUGUGUAAUAUUCGGUUUGCUAAACUAAAAGUUUGUACCAAUUUUAAGUCCUUUGGGAACUUUUCAAUAAAAAGUAUGUUAACACAAAAAGAUGUUUGACAAAUGAUAAAUCCAAUAACUAAAAUAAAAUUUAUAAAAUUUAUUUUCAUAAUAAACUGAUAAACUAAAGUCAAACAAACUUUUUCCUUAUUAAUUACCUUUAAUUAGUUUUGCAGGGCCACCAAACAUUAUAGUAUGCCCCCAAUAUUUUUCAAUGUGUGCCUUUCUUCUCCCAUACCACCCAUCAAAAUCAGUUACUUCCUCACUAUUCACUUCUGCCACACCAAUGGCUUUCUGUGUUUUAGCAUCUACUACCGAGCAAUCACGAGCAUAUGCAUAAAGUCGCGGAUCAUCUACGUGCUUAAUUAGUAGUCCAUUUCCCAUCGGACUAGUCUUUGAGUUUGGAAUUGUGAACAAUUCGCCACCCCAAUAAACUUCGUCUGCAUUGUAUGCUAAAUCAGUAAAUAGUUUAGCCGGCCAAAAACCAAGAGCCUUUUGCUUCUUUCCUUUUCCAGUGACUAACCACCAGUUUCCAUUUUGUGGAUCCUUAAAAAAAACACAAGUUUAAAGAUAAGUUUUAUUAUAUUAUAAGGUUCAUGACAUAGUUUAAACAUGAAAACACAAAGUAAUUUUUUUUUUGGAUAAAUUACAAACUUUUAUAAAUUAACUUACUCGGUAAAUGUAAAAUCUACAUUCCAUUAUUCGCACAGCGAUCUCUGAGACUUUGGGAAAUGCAUAAUCAAGAGGACUAUUGUUGUUCACUAUCACAAAACCGGGGCAGUUCGUAUUGAAACAGUGUUGGUCACGUGUCUAUACAUGAAGAAAAUAUUUAUCUGAUAUUAAUAAAAUAAAGAAGAAAAUCCUUAUAACGCUUGAUUUAUUUGGAAGUAUAACCAUUUUUUUUUGGAAAGUAUAACCAUUUUACUUGAUGUAUGUAGAGCUUACAUGGAAAUAUGCAAAUUUUCGGCAACGAUUGUCUCCAUAAAGCGUCGGGUUAACCUGUAAAAAGGCAAUUUAAUCAAAAUAAUAACUAUUAUAUAUUUACUUAUAUUUAUUUUUGUUUGAUAAGUUACGUGAAAGCUAUGAAUGUUAUGUUAUACCGUCCAACCAGCCUUGAUGAAAUCUGUACCGUUGGAAACUUUUAUUAAACCAGAGGAGAAUUGAAGCUGAUGAACAUUUGGAGUUUGGUAUAAACUGAAAUGAGCAAAUCCUCCUCCAAAAUCCAUAUCUACGUACUUACUUAUGACUCUGUUUCCUGCAUACUAUUAAAUUUCACUAUUUUUAAUGUAACUUAUCAAAGAGAAUACUAAUACAUUUGUUUAUAUAUAAAAAUAAAUUGAGAAAGAGAGAGGAGAAUUUAUGCACAUGUAAACCCGGUUCGGAAUCGGUUAGAGGAUGAAUAUUUGAGUCAAACAUUUGGUUGAAUGUCUUUUGUCUGAUAAGGUCUUCUUUGGUAGUUCUUCUUAUUGGGACUGUGCCAUGUGGGCAUUCAACUUCUAUUUCAUUGUCACCUUCUUCUUUCUCUUCUUCUUUUCCAACUUCCUCUAGUCCAUUCAUGUUGCUUGGUCUCAUCUAAUGGGGGAAAAUAUACAAUUUUUUUUUUUUGACAAAGGGCUUGAAAAUAUACAAUUUUAAAAUAAUGAUAUAAUUUAAAAUUAUUCCUGACAUAAUAUUUAUUCAUAAGUAUAAAAGAUUAUUACUUCAGGAUGAAACUCAUGGCUCUUCAAGAGGGCAUGAUCAAACGCAGGUUGUUUGUAAAAAUCUAUACAAUCAUAGAUAUCACCAUAUUCAGUCUGAAAAACAUAAAUACAAUGGUCUAUCAAAACAAAACAGUGAGGUUUUAUAGAAGAAAAAUAAUAACUGAAAAGUUAUAUAUGUACAAAAAUAUAUGAAUAAAAAUAAAGUAAAGCACGAACCUUGACUGUAUUAACAGAUGGUUUAUUUAUAAGCUUAAGUUGUCUCUCUAAUUUCAAAUCUUCUUCAUAUAAUUCUCUAGUUGUAGGCUUUGCAACACAACUUGUCAACGCAAAAACGGCUAAAAUGAAAAACUUCAUCCCAAACAUACUAAGACAAUUAUUAUUUCUUUUUGGAUGGUUGUUUUCUCCUAACCCCAUACACACAUACUUAUAUGAUUUAUUAUGAGCGCUUAUACAUUAUUUGAGUUCACAAAGAAUUUCAAACUUUAGUAAUUUGAGAAUAAUAGGAAGUUUGCGAUUUCGUUAAUUAUGACGAAAUCAACCAUUGAUAACUAGAAAAGAAUAUGAUAUGGAUUGCACCAAAUCUGGAGUUGGAAAAUACAGAGGAAUAUGCAGUGGCAUAUUCUAUUUUUCUUCUAUUAUCUAGGAAGAAUUUGGAUUUUGGGCUCUAAUAUAUCUCCUACCCUCCAAUCAAUCUUACUAAUACAAUUUGUGACAUAAAACAUUUUUUUCACAAUGUUCCAAACUAGGAACAUAACAAAAGCAAAACAUGUGAUUAGACCACAUGUGCUCAGACCAACUGACAGUGGAAGAACUAGAUUUAAAUUGUAUAUCAGAUUUAGAUUCUACCAUGGUCGUACUGGUCGCGUCUGGAACGUUACCAAACGUGCCGUUGGUGUCGAAGUCAACAAACAUAUUGGAAACAGGAUCAUAAAGAAGAGGAUUCAUGUGCGUGUGGAGCAUGUGCAGCAGUCUAGAUGUGCGGAGGAAUUCAAAUUGAGGAAGAAGAAGAACGAUGAGCUCAAGGCUGCAGCUAAAGCUAGAGGCGAGACGAUAAGCACCAAAAGGCAGGCUAAAGGACCCAAACCAGGAUUCAUAAUUGAAGGUAUGACCUUGGAGACCGUCACUCUUAUCCCCUACGACGUCGUCAACGACCUCAAGGGUGGCUAUUAGUUCUACUUAUCAGUGUUUGUUUUCUUUUGCCAGUUUCUUGAGUAUUUGAUUAUUCUGCAUGUGCAAUCUUACAAUACAGACUCAAAUUUAAGAAAGGUUUUUCUCGUCUAUAACUAUUAAGUUUACUGUUUUAAAUUUUUAACAUUUUAACUUACUAAAGUCAUAUACGACGACAAAAUCAGAUAUCUACUAAAACCAUGAUUAACCCCAAUCUCU